AUGGAGUACAGCAUAACCCUCUCGGGAUACUGUGACCCGCACGUUAUACACUUCAACCCACGAACCGCACUGGUUAUUCAGCGAGUCCGUCGUGUGGACAACCCAAACCAGACUGUAAUAUGCAAAGGCAAUACCUUCUUCGACGAAGAAGAAAAUAUCAAGCUGAAACAUGAAUACGAAAUCCUCCAUCUCAUCCACAGCAACUUGGCAGAAAUUGAGCUGACAAGAACACAGAACCACACACAUUCCUCUGGAACAUCAAGAAUACUUGCGUCCGGGAAUUAUUCCCGAGGGGAGCCGCUCACUCCCGUAUCGGAGGAUUCUUCGUUGACCCUCACAUCACCAAACACCAGCAGCACCCGACACAAACCCGGUGGACGACGACCUAGGAGCACUAGCCUCAGCCAUGACAGCAUUGACGGACAUUUGUCAGACAGAAUUGUUAAGCCAAUUUCCUUGGAAGACGUCAAUGGACAAUAUUUUCUGAUACUGGAAGACUACGGCGGCAUGUCUCUACGGGAAUUCGCAUUGGGCAAGCGACAACCACAAGGUCGACUAAUUGGAUUGGAAGACUUCCUGCAUAUCGCUACGCAACUCGCAGAAGCGCUUGACAUUGUCCAUGCUGCCCAAGUCGUACACAAAGACAUUAAUCCCGACAAUAUCGUGGUGAGGCGGGAUAAGGGCCGCAUAGGGGCUCAAUUGAUAGACUUCAACCUUGCCGAAGUGACAGAUAUGGGUACCCAGCCAACCCAGCGGAAUUAUUUGGAAGGGACUUUGGCUUACUUGUCACCAGAACAAACGGGAAGAAUGCAGAGAGUAGUGGAUUAUCGGACAGACUUCUAUAGCUUGGGAAUAACACUUUGGGAGGUGCUUGUUGGAAGUCCACCUUUUCAGUUUGACGACGCUACGGAGUAUGUACAUGCCCACCUCGCUAAGGAGAUUGAGCCUGCAAAUCUGCAUGAUCCACUCAUUCCAAAGGCGUUUUCCGAUAUCAUUAACAAACUAGUUAGCAAGGCGCCCGAAGCCCGCUAUCAAUCGGCAUCAGGACUUCGUUUUGACUUUAUGACCUGUAUGCGGCGACUAAAAGAAGCUAAAGCUGCCAGACUCUGCGCAAAAGAUGAAAAAUUGUCAGAUUUUGACAUAGCCCAGAUCUUCAAUGACUUUGAGUUCGAUAUCGCCUCCCGCGAUUAUUCACAUCAUCUCAACAUUCCAGAUAAACUCUAUGGACGUGACCGGGAAACCAAAGAAUUGCUUACGUCCUUUGAGAAUGUUGCAUGCGGAAAGAGUCGCAGUGAACUAGUACUAGUGUGCGGUGGAAAUGGAGAGGGAAAGAGCUCCUUGAUUAAUCAUCUCAGAAAGCAUGUAAUGAGGAAUCGUGGUUUUUUUGUGCGUGGCCAGUACACGGAAUACAAUCGGGAUAAACCAUUCGGAGGACUCGUACAAGCGCUAGAUGAACUCAUUCGCCAGCUCCUGGGAGAAACUGCUGAAGCGAUGGAGAGAUGGCAAAACUGUCUGAAUACUACCUUGGGCCCAGAGAUUUUGGCGAUCGUUACGGACGUUCUUCCAGAUUUGGAAAUGAUAGUGGGACUUCAGCAGUCUGCUGAAUUGCGAGUGGAUGCCACAUCAGCUGAGCAGACGUCCUUCAUUCGUGCUAUGCAAGCUUUAAUUGGCUGCUUUGCGCAAGCCGAACACCCACUGGUGGUCUUUUUGGAUGAUCUACAGUAUGCCGAGUCCGCUUCGCAAAAAUUGCUGCAAGCCAUUUUAUUCGACAGGAGAAUAGGCCAUUUGCUGAUAGUCGCAACACUGCCCAGCGGAAGUCCAGGAGCUGCACUGGGAGCUGCAUUUGGUCCAACCGUUCAACGAAUCCAGUUUGAGGCCCCUCAAAGAUUACGUCGAAUCGAGCUAGGGCCGCUUACUAAUGCGGCGCUACGAGAAAUGCUUUCCGAUACUCUUAAACCCGCAGCUGAGGAUAUUGACGUACUGGCAUCCCUAGUUUCCCGAAAGACAAUGGGAAAUCCACUUCAUGUCCGUGAGUUUCUUCGCUACGCGGAACAGCAAGGGUUGAUCUAUUUCAAUGAGGUUGUUGGUGGGUGGGCUUGGGAUGUUCAUGAAAUGGAGCGGCAGACUGUGUUGAGCGAGAACGUCGCGGACUUGCUGUUGACAAGAUUGCGCCAGUUCUCGCCCGAAACUCAGACGUUACUGCAACAAGCAGCAUGUAUUGGCGACUCGUUUGACCUUCGAUUGCUAUCGUUUCUUUCUGAGAUUAGUAUCGUCCAAGUGGCGACGUUGCUAUGGGCGGCUGUUAAGGAGGGAUUUCUCCUGCCACAAUCACAAGAACCUCCACUUGCCCGCUCAUUGUCGUCCCUGUCCCUUAAUAAAUCCGUGGGAGGCAUGGUCAUGUCAUAUAAGUUCUGCCACAAUCGACUCCACCGGGCUUGCUAUGAUAUGAUCGACCCUGAGGUCCGAAGAAAAUGGCACUUGCAAAUCGGCAGGUUAUUGCGGCGGAACUUGAGCGAAGAAGAAAAGCAGGAGAACGUUUUCACUUUGGUCGCUCAAUACAAUGAAGUACUCGAUCUUUUGACAGAUCGCGAAGAGCCAGCUUAUGUUGCUCGGUUAAACUAUGAAGCUGGACUACGAGCGAAAAAAUCAAAUGCGCAUCAUGCUGCCCGACGAUAUUUUAGCAUUGCCCAGUCACUACUUGGCGAGGAUGAUGAAGCCUGGAAGGUCAACUAUGAGCAGAUAUUUAAUAUUAAAAAGGCUGUGGCGCAAGUCAAUCUUGUCGAAGGUCUUUACGACGAGGCAACAGCUAUACUGAAGGAUCUGUGUCGCCGGGCAACGAGUGUUGGCGAUCAGCUAACAGCAAGCAGCAUACUCGUCAGCGCAUACCAUAUUCAAGGGAGAUUUAACGACAUCAUGGAAAUGGGAUUUAAGGAGUUGAAAGCCUUUGAUAUUCCAGCUCCAGAAAACGAGCAGGAUGCCAUAUCAAUGGUCAGAGCAGAAAUUAGCGAGCUUGAGCGAUUAAUAGCUGGUCGCAGUGAGGAGGAAGUAGCGAGAGAAGUCCGUCCUUUGGAACCGACUGUUCAGAUGCUGCAGACGGUGCUGCUCUCUAUCGGAAGCGCAGCGGGUUCCCUCGGACGAUUAUAUCAAUGCCAGUAUUUCUACGUAAAGGGUUGCGUGCUAGCUAUGCAAAAGGGCCUCAGUCAUCGAAGUGCCGAACUUUUUGCAUUUGUUUUACGAGCAUACGCUGGAUGUCUGCCGGAGCCAGACUUUCCACGCAUGAGAUGGGUAUCGAAACUCUCCUUUCUCCUGAUGGACAAGGCUACUCUGGAGAUUCAAGCACGUGCCCGUCUGGGUUUGCUCAUGAAUGGAUAUAUCUAUGUUGCCAGUUUCAAGUCCUUUGAAGAAAACGUAGAGCGCUGCAUUACUGCAGGCAUCGAAGCUGGGUACUACUCGGUGGUCAUAUACGCGAUGUGCACGUUCCCCGGGGUCCUACUUUCGUAUGGACGCCCUGCUGCCGCAUACAGCGAAUGGCACAAAAGGUAUCAUCCAUUUAUGGAGAAAUUCAAAGGAUUCUUCCUGAAUGUAUGGAACGGUACGAUCGCGGAGUUAGACGCCUUGAGCUCUGGGAUCGAAUGCGUAUACCAGAACAGAGAUGUUAUGGCGACCGGAAUGACUCGUGCUCAGGUAUAUUAUUUUCGCCUUGUAAAUGCGCUGCUUUUUGAGCGCGAGGAUAGGCGGAUGCUGCUGGAGCAGUAUAAACAAGAAGACAAAAUGAAUGCUUACAUGGGCAUACCAAGAUACAUUGAUAUCUUCGUGUGGCAAGUGAUAAUCGCAGCAUCGGAGUAUAAUCUUCCUAACCAGGACCGGAAACAACUUCUAAAAGAAAUUGAUGAUGCAUGUGCUAUGGUCAAGAAAUUUGCAGAGCAACCACCCCAGGAGAUUAUGUGCAAAUAUUACCUUGUGUCCGCCGAAAGAGCAAGAAUCCUCGGAGAUAUGACGGAAGCGAGGAAUUUCUACGAUAAGGCAUUGGAUGCCGCUCAUGAGCACGGUUUUCGGUUUCAUGAAGCCCUCAUAACAGAGCGCUACGGUCGUUUCUGGCUAGAAAUGGGAUCGAAGCGUCUAGCACGAUCAUGCUUACACGACGCUUACUUUCUCUGGCACUCUUGGGGGAGCGAAGGAAAAUGUAAACAAUUGCAAGCACGCUACGCCGAUAUAAUGGACCUCCACCUUCUGAACAAGGGUCUUUCUGGAACUCGGUUUGGCAGCCUUCAUGGUACCACUCAACGUUCGUCCAUUACGGAACAGCACAGCUCUACCACCGUCGACUUGGAUUUAACCACAGUGCUCAAGGUCACGCAGUCGAUCAGCAAUGAGACCAGCUUGGAAAUUUUGCUGACCAAGAUUAUAAAGUUUGUCAUGGAGAAUGCCGGAGCAGAAAAAGGGAUGCUCGUGCUGCAGCAAGAGGGAAAGCUGUUAAUUGAAGCACUCGGAGUGAUUGAUGAAGGUGGCGAGCAUCACGAGGUUCUUCAACAUGUUCCGAUUGAGAAAGCGACGCACGAACAAGGGGUGCCACUAUCUGUGGUCUACUAUGUAUUCCGUUCCCGCGAACCUCUGGUUUUGGUUGAUGCAGUCGCGGAUCAGACGUACGGUAAAGACGCAUACGUCACCGAGCGGCAAACUAAAAGCAUUCUGUGCUGUCCUAUCGUACAUCAAAACAUGGCUACGGGGGUGGUCUAUUUAGAGAAUGACCUCCAGACUGGCGCAUUUACUGCCGACCGUCUCGAGCUCAUUCAGUCUUUAAUGGCUGCUGCAUCGAUGUCGAUUGAAAAUGCGAAGCUUGCCAAGACCAACACUGAAUUGACAGCUGCUUUGCGAGAUUCUUCAACGAAGGCAACGCCACGAUAUAACCUCGACGGGCCCAUCAAGAAGACAAUUGACAUGCUCCAAGGGUUCAAAUUCAGGCUACCGCCCGGUGAUCCCGGCAUUCGACAAAUUGACUUCAUUAUGAAAGCAUUGACCUCAACAGACUUCUUCUCCUCGAAUAUUGAUGAGAUCAACGAUGAGACGGGAAAAGGCAUCGAUUCCGAUACUAAAGUAUGGAUUGAAAGCUCCUUGCUUCAGAAGGAACCUAGUCGAACAAGGCGGGCAGAUGCCAAAGAGCAUAUGUUUGCGAAGAAAGCUGAGGAUAUUUCGAAGGCAUCUCUGAAAGUGAUGGAGAGUCACGUAAGGCCGAGCAAAGAGAUUUCGUCCAUCAAUAUGGCAGAAGUGAACGCUCUUUUGGAGAGAUCCACUUCGUUCGAUUUCAACAUUUACGACCUUGCGGAGGCAACUAAUGGCAGGCCGCUUUUUUUCCUGGGAGUCCAUCUUUUGGAAUAUUGGGGCUUACUGCAGCAUUUCUCGCUGGACGAGAUGAAGCUGCGGGCGUUUUUUGAGCAGAUUGAAGGCGCAUACCAUCCUCUGCCAUAUCAUAAUAGUACACAUGGAGCGGAUGUACUUCAAACCGUAAAUAUGCUUCUCUUAAGCGACCCCAAAAUGGCAGCAAACUUUACCAAGAUGGAGAUAUUUGCUGCAUGUAUUGCAAGUGCCGUACACGACGUGGACCACCCUGGGCUGAACAACAACUUCCUGGUUCAAUCUUCUCAUCCGCUCGCCAUUUUCUAUAAUGAUAUGUCGGUAUUAGAGUUCCAUCAUGCUGCCAAAGCGUUUGAAAUUGCACAACAACCGGAAACAAACGUGUUUGACGGACUGAAUAAUGACCAGUAUCGAGAAGCACGGAAACUCAUUAUUAGCAUGGUGGUUGCAACUGAUAUGGCACAACAUUUUCACUACAUCAACAAGCUGAAGAGCAAGAUCGCUGCUUCUGCUUUGAAUUGGGAAGAAUCUGGGGAUCGCGCCUUGUUACUGGAGUGUGCGAUCAAAUGCGCAGACCUCAAUAACUCAGCAAAGCCAAUCGAGCAAUCACGAAAGUGGGCGUUCCAGGUGAUGCAAGAGUUCUUCCUGCAGGGUGACCGUGAACGAAAACUAGGCAUGCCGGUUUCGAAAUUUAUGGAUCGAUAUGAUACCAACAUUCCAAAAUGUCAAAUAGGAUUUAUUGACAUCCUCGUUGUGCCGCUCUUUGAUUCUUGGUCGCAAUGCAUUCAGACGGACUUUUCAAGACGAUGUAUGGACAAUAUAUCUCAAAACCGCAGCCAUUGGGAAUCCCUCUUGGAUAAACCAGAAGCUAUCCCAAAUUUCCCCCCACCGCCGGAUGAAGAGCGUGAAGACUUCCCCCUAGUUGCCCCAUCAACACCCCCGUUUACACCGCAGCAGUAUCUCACGGCGCCCAUCGUAGACAAUAUGGUGCGAAUUGAAUCCAAAGAACCUCCUCAACCCGCGCCCGUACGCCAAGAUGCAUCUGAGGGCGCAGCUGAUGGCACCUUUCGAUCUGUCCCUGGAAUAAAACUACCAGGGGAGUUGAAGGGAAGAUUGAGCAACCCACCGCAACCUAUCUCAGCCCCUUCUCCUUCAAGAAAUAUCAUAAUUACACCACGUAAAACAUCAGAAACCACAUCCACCACCACCACCCCCAUCCCUAAAAUCAUCCGAAAAUCCACAUCAGGCGGAAACAUUGCUGGGUUCGCAGAGGGAGGCAGCCGUGACGUCUGGGCACCAUCAAAUUCUGGACGAGAAAGAAAUUAUACAGCACCAGUUUCAGCCCGACGACGGUCGAGUGCAGGUGUUGGCGCACUAGCGUCGGAUUCAACAGUGCCCAAAAUACCCGGAAAACUACUAUUACCAGCGUUACCAAAAUCUACCUCGGCCAGUAGUUUUGACCGAGAACUAGAUAACACUCCCGACGGAUUGCAAAACCUCCCAAAACCACGUCCAAUAGCACGAUCUGGCCAAGAUGGCAAGCCUCCAGGAAACGGCCGACCAAAAGGAGUAACGUCGUGAUAUUUCUAUGACCUCAAUAUUUUCAGCUGCUUCCAAUUUAUUCAUUUGCUGUGGUUCACGGGACCGUAGAAAGUAGGGUUUUUUGAUUUUGAUAUUUUCUAAUAUAAGACGAUGUGUUGAUUGUUGAGGA